AAGCUUCCGCCCAGUUUUCCGAUGCGCGUCGGCCGAGUUGAAAAUGGAGUUCGUGCAGAGAAAGCAGAUCCCCUGAACUUCCACACCACUCUUCGUUCACCUAUUCUUUCGCACGUAUUUUUUUUUAACUAGUCCGUUUCAAAUAUAUAUAGUAAUGUUUACGUCGGAUCUUUUUUCGAGUCUGUCCAUGCUGUAGAGAGCUGCACAGACAGGCGCUGGAGCUUUCUCUUUUCCCAGUGUUGGCUGAAAGUUGCCGAGAGGGAGUAGCUCGGUCGCUAGCUGCCCGGUCACAAAAUCCAAAGGAAAGAAGGGGGAUUUUUGUGCACAUAUUAGGUUGAGACCCUCGUGGAAUUUGUGACUGAUCGCAAAAGAGGACGUUGAGGAUGAUCACUCGGUUGCAGAUGGAUUUUAUUCAUUGGGAAGAUCCGAAUCAGCGGCUGCGGCUUCAGUCCUUAUUCUAAAUUGGCUUGUGGGAGCUGCGGAGCUCAGCAAUGCGCCGCCGUCACGUCGGACUGUCGCUGUUUUGUGAAUAACUCUGCGUUUCGAUGCGAACCAAAAUGGUGAUUUUUGCGAUCUAUUUCCCCGCCUUGACUGCGUCGUCGAUGCUAUUUGCAGGAUUUGGAUCCCCGUGAGGAAAAAAAUGAGCGAAGAACCGGCAAAUCCAAAUAACGAUGACAGUUAUGCGCGUGUGAGAGCAGUGGUCAUGACUCGCGAUGACUCCAGCGGCGGAUGGCUGCCUCUGGGAGGCGGAGGCCUCAGCUGCGUGUCGGUCAACAAAGUUAGCCGGCCGGACUCGGACAGCCCCAACGGCGUGGAUUAUCUCAUCCAGGGAGAGAGACUCAAAGACAAGUUGGUCGUGCUGGAGUGCAUCAUAAAGAGGGACCUGGUCUACAACAAAGUCAACCCUAUCUUCCACCAUUGGAGAAUCGACAACAAGAAGUUUGGCCUGACUUUCCAGAGUCCAGCUGAUGCCAGAGCUUUCGACCGGGGGAUACGGCGAGCCCUGGAGGACAUAAAGCAAGGCUGUCCGGUGUAUAGUGACUCAGAGGUUCCUGAAGAUGGAUUACAGGUUAAUCCGGAGCCUCCCUCAAUCUGCAUGCCCAUUAGAGAGCCGUUCUCGCCGCAUGGCCGAGUGGUGUCCUCCGAGCCUUUCCGGGGCUGCUACGUGCGUACUCAGCCAUUCGAGGAGUACCCCAGCCCAAGCCACCGCUAUCUGCCCCCGCAGGUCUCUUUCUCAACACGCCAUGUGAGCUUUCACAUGGACGACGAAGAGGUCGUUCGGAUCAACCCCCGCAAGGAUGUGCGUAUCCGCGGGUAUGAGGACUACAGGCAUCCAGUCAUGUGGAAGCAGGACACAGAGCGUGAGGACACUGAUUUCUCCACCACAUUCACUAAACUGGACAGCAAGAAAAGCGAGUACUCUUUUCUGGAAGGCUCUGAGCAUCGCACUGGCACCAAGGACUCGAUUAAAACUCAGCAGCCUUCACCUGUACUUAAGUCUAAGAAGUCUCGGAGGCGGAGGGAAGAUGGGGAGCGUUCGCGCUGUAUAUAUUGCCGCGAAAUGUUCAACCACGAGGAGAACCGGCGUGGGGAAUGUCAGGACGCGCCUGACCCCAUCAAGCAGUGCAUCUACAAGGUGAGCUGCAUGCUGUGUGCAGAGAGCAUGCUCUACCACUGCAUGUCCGACUCGGAGGGCGACUUCUCGGACCCAUGCUCGUGCGAUUCCAGCGAAGAGCAGUUCUGUGUGCGCUGGCUGGCCUUGCUCGGCCUCUCCAUAAUAGCACCCUGCAUGUGCUGCUACCCUCCACUGCGGGCCUGUCACCACUGCGGAGAGGCCUGCCACUGCUGCGGUGGCAAGCACAAGGCCGCCGGCUGAGCCGAACCGAUGGGGGAGAAACACACGGCCACGUGAAGAAACAACCGCCGCCGUCGCUUUUCUUUUUUCAUUCACCCCUUGAGGCAGGUGAGGUGCUCCACCCGCCACUUUGGAGGCUUUGGAGAUUUGAUUUGGCCGAGAGCAGCAGAAGCCAAUGACCGGAUCUUCUUGGGCUCUCGAGCUCACGUCACGGAGCUCGUUACGGAAGGGAAGGCGUUUACAGAAUGAACUCGAAAUCACGAAAUGAGCAAAAAAUAUAUAUAUAUAUCUAUAUAUAUAUAAAAGACACACAAAAAUCACUUGGCAUACAAAUGUCAGACUUUCAUUACAAAUACCGUGCAACCUUUGUGAAGGAAUGUUGUCUUUUGUACAGAGAUCAAAACUAUAACAAAGAAAACAAAACUGGUUGUGCAUACAGAGGAUCUGCUGUAUGGGUAUGCUAAAAGGGAUAUUUUCUUGCUUUUUGUGAAUUUGCAGUAGGGUUAAAGUGGCCUUCUCUUUCGACUGGAGCAUUCGCUGACUGUAAUUUUUAGACAAAAGAAAACAUGCACUAGUUAAGUGUUCUCCCAUGAAAGGUAACCCUCAUGAAUAAUGGUACAUACACUAAAACAAAACACUUUGGGCAAGUUUUAGCAGUACAAAUUUUAAUUUCUGUGAUGGGUGUGUUUUUUUGUUUGUUUUUUUUCCCUGGUUUUCUUUUCAUUGUUUUGUAAGAGACAGUAACGUCAUUUCUUUCGAAAUGGUAGUAUGACAUAUAGCCUUUGUUAUUAAUCGUGGUAAUGUUUUAAAAUCCAUCCUUCCCUAAUUGGCAAGAUUAUUCGGACCACACAGGUGCAUUCCGGCAUCGAGUGAUCGAUGAUAUAAUACAGUUGUCUGUGUUUAUCCCUGGUUCGUUUUCAUGUCAAGGUUAGCAAGAGAUUUCGAGACCAAUUAGUCAGGAAGUCUAGGAAGUGUACAUUUGAAUUUCAUCCCACGUUGAUCAGAGUGAAACUGGGUUCGUUUCAGCUUUUGACUUUUUUGUUUUCAAGCUGAAAUUGUGCUCAACCAGCAAGUUUUCCUUUCGAUGACAUGACACAUUUUGGCAUUUUUAAUAAUCACAGGGUGUCCAAUUUCUAACAAGGCACUUGUAUUCAUUUUAAAUGGGAUAUCCCUGGAUUCGAGUUUCUCCAUUCAAAUGCCCCUUAUAUAUAUAUAUAUAUAUAUA